GAGCCGUCAAUAAAAGCGCGUCUUGCGUGAAGUGCAAGUAGACAUGUGUGCUUCAACUACGCUAAUUUAUUAUGUAUUAUGAACAAAGGCAAAUUAAAAGCAUGAAAUGAAUAGAGCCACUAUCCAACAGUACAAGACGGGAGUUUUUCCAGAGAGGUUGUGCACCAGCAAAUAUGCACAUUAGCACUCAGUAAGGUCCAUCAAAUGUUACGCUUAUGCAUUCCCAUUUAGUAUCUGCAUUUGGGACCAAAUGUGAAGUGAAAGAAAAAGGGGGAAAAUACAGUAUAGUAUCUGUGCACGAAGAACGUUAGAUGGGACAGGUUGCCGCUUGCAACAAACAUAAUCAUGCAAAACUGGCAUUUAUAACAGUAUAAUAAUGGCCCAUAUUUCCCAAAUUGAUAUCCAUUUACAUAAAAUGUUCUGUCAUGAUAUAAAAUUAUUUAAAAAUAUUGCACCUGAAAGUUUCUUGCCACACGGUGGUUGGAGACCCAAGGAUGUGCUCUUGUACACAUUUGAAAACACUGUAAGAAUGCCACCUUUUAUAGAAAUGGCUUCUUUACUUUAUAAGGUAAGGUUAAUAUCCAUAACAACAAAUGUAACUGUAGAAUCAUAUGUACGCUGUAUCCAAUCGUUCUGUUUUUAAAACUACAUCGUUGACUCGCCUCGUAACCAGUCUAGCACUAAGAGAGGGAGGAAAGGUAACACAAAAAUCUCCACACAGCUGGGGGUGAUGGGGACAACGCCACACAAAAUACAAAGUACUACACAAAAGCAAGGUAAGGAGCAAGACAAAGCCUCGUUUACACUUGCAUUUUUGUGCCACUGUGUAAACAGGUGUGAAGUUAUUGUCAAAUGAUUCUUGGUACACAACCAGGGAAAUGACAAAUGUGGAAUGCAUAGCAUGUUCAGCAGCUCCAAACGCGUUACCAAUUGUAAUUCCUGAAAAGAACAGUUUCAAAACAUGUGCAGAUGAACAAAGGCAGAAAUGUAAAAAAAAGAGGAUUCGUGUCAGCUAAUCAUGAAAUGAGGCUUUUCUCAUUACCAGUGUGCACCGUACAAUGUACAUUCAUUUAUGGCUCAAAAAAGACACACAAUUGAAUGAGUCCACUGCCUGCUCGGGCUAAGGAUAAUGUGUGCACUGAGUUUGGACUCACAACUGCCUUAGAUGGACCCCCAACAAAGUAUAAAGUAGAUAGAAUGGCAGAGUAUGAAUGUUUUGCAAGCGGUGGGUUUAAGACUGAUAACCAACUUGGGAAUUAUGUGGGAAAUACUACAGUGAAGUGUAAAGUAACUUGGGUACGAUCUUGGUUUCCACACGCAAACAUGAUUCCGAUUUUUAUCACCAGACCGGUAUGGUAUGAGAACCCAGGCCCAAAUGAUCAGUCAUGUCAAAAUAUAACAAUGACAAUACCUAAUAAUCAAUUUUUGGCUGAACAAUCUACGGCAGUAGCGGACAGCUAUUGGAUGUGUGGAGAUGACAUAUUGCGUAAUGUUCUGCCUCAGCAAUGGAUUGGCCUGUGCACAUUGGUAAGGAUGAAAGUGCCCGUUCAAGUAAUGGACAAAGGUGUCCGAGAAGUACUCCAAACACAGGGUGCCAUUAGAUUUAAACGAUCAUACAUACCAGACUCUCGGGUCUAUCUCGACGCAAUAGGGCAACCACGAGGAAUUCCAGAGGAAUUCAAAGCUAGGAGUGAAAUUAAGGCUGGUCUGGAGUCUAUAUUUCUCUGGAUUACGCCCAAUAAAAAUGCGGAAUUGAUUAAUUACGUGUAUUAUAAUCAGCAACGCUUUAUUAAUUAUACCAAUGAAGCCCUCAGAGCGCUCGGAGAACAAUUACAUGAAACAACCAAAAUGUCAUGGCAAAAUCGUCAAGCCUUGGAUUGGAUGCUUGCUGAGAAGGGGGGCGUUUGCCACAUGUUUGGAGAACAAUGUUGUACCUACAUACCCAUGAACACGGCCAGAGGAGGAUCUUUUACGACAGCAAUGUCUAGAAUUAGUGAACUAAGCAAAGAGCUGACAGGAAAUGCAGGGAAAGAUGUAAAGGCACUUGACUGGUUCACCACAAAGCUUGGGCAUUGGGGUGCUAACCUGGCAAGAACGGGAAUAACUGUAGUAAUAGUUUUGACAGUGAUAUGUCUGUUACUUUGUUGCAUCGUACCCAUUCUGAAGAAAGUACUGAUUAAGACUUUUGUAAGACAGAUGACUGCGCUGGCGGUUACCAAAGUGGCAGAGGCUCAGCUAGCGCAACCGGUGGUCGAGCAGCCUGAUCUAUUUCCCAAUCCGGACAAUCGGGAGGACGAUGACACCGACUCAGAGGACUCAAUGAGCCGUGAGGUAUGAGUGACUUUGGGAUUGGGAAAGGAGCUGGACACCACCAACUGUAUAUCACAAUGCGCUGAGGCCUCGCCACGAACUGUGCUAGUAGCGUGUGGAAAACCGCCAUGCCAAGGACAGGACUGACAUAGAAGGACAAUAGACUUGGCGGGACUGAACGACAAUGCACUCACUCCCAGUUAAUCAGUGUUGGACUGCUGAGUAACACCAGUUAGUUAUUAUUAACAAGUGUACUAUUUCAGUUAUGUAGCAUUAACUACCAUGUCAGGAUUAUGUCACUCACUUACUAGGUUAGUUACUCUGUAGUCUCAGUGAGUUUACACUGACGCAGUUAUUCAAUGAGUUACCUGAGAAGUACAUUAGAUCAUGAAGAAUUAGACAUGGAGUAAAAUUUGUGAUCUGUUCAAUAUUCACUAUAUCACAGCACUCAGAGUACAGUUUACGUCACACAUAUAUAUCUCUAUAGACAGGUGUAGUUGGUAGAUCAUUUAGUUAACUCAUAAUAAUAAUAGUUACCAGACAGUUAGAUAAGUAGUUGGCACAGGGUCAGCUAUACCAACCAAGGGGACCCUCCAGCUGAGACGAGCCAUCCAUGAGGACCACGCCAGCCGAGACGAGUCAUUCCUGAGGGCUAUAAUCGAGGAAGGAGCCACAUCGUGCGGGAGGACAUCCAUCCAGGAGGCAGGCUAUGAGGAAGGGGUGAGAUGAGCGCCCUCCUCCAACAUGUGACGUGCCAAGUCACCACCUCCUCUCAGCAAAAGAAGCCCCUCAUCACAAAGGGUCCCUCCAGAUGACAUCGUGCUGAUCAUCGGCGGGUGAUCGAAGAAGGGACUGAAGAUGGCCUACACCAUUCUUACAGAGGCACAGUAAUCCUCUGGGCGGUGAUGAUGUGAGCAGAAACAUUGCUCCCGACCUUGCCACACACCGAAUCACUGCCCAUAACACGUUCCCCACUUCCCCGUGCCCAUUCUUCAGGACAAGCAUGCAUCAAAAUCCCCACGAACUUAAUCUUUGAACUUCAUUCGGAAAAUGAAGACGGUGAAAUGACGGGUCUAAGAGACAUUAUUAUUUGUUUUGGGGGUUUGGGACCCCCAAAAGGAGGGAAUAUAUUGUAAAAUGAUUCUUGUCCUGUGAACUCCAGAGUACCUUUUGUUCUGUGAAAGUCAGUUGAACUCAGGCCUACGUGACUGAGGGGGAGGUCAUCGUGACCGAAGUUAUACAAGAUGUGUUCCAGAUGUUAUGUGAUUUCAAAAUGUCCUGCCAACAGGUCCAAGGAAGGACGAGGUUUUGGUAAUCCACCUUAUUGUUAUUGUUCACUGGGUCUAUUUAAGGGUGAACGGAAUAAACGGGGUAUCCCUUUUCCCUCAACUGCAUACGAGUUGUGUUGG